CUGAAUACUUUCCGAAUGCACUGAGACUCGCCUAUUAUUCGCAUAAGCUAUUCGCCUAUUUCAAAUAGAAUAUAUAAUAGAGACGGACUACUCUUGCAUAUGAAAAAGUCACUUCCACAACUCGGUGAGAUUGUGAUCUGUAGGCUAAGUACCAAGAAGUACAGGAGAACAGUCGCGGUGAAUUGUGUCCCUCGGUGAACCUACUUGACAAGACUUCUACUGCGCACCGGAGUAUUCCUCCUCCGAAUGUCUACGGUGUCCACGUCUUAUCUUUACCACCUCAAGCAUCGAACACUUUACGAACACCAUCUGCCAGGGGUGACUUGGCAAACAGGAAUAUGUUGGGAUAUGUCUCAGAGGGUCCAACAUGUUCGGUUACCUCCUCUGGUGGUGCAACUGACUGGUAGGUGAAGUUCUGUCUCAAAGCUAUCUACCCCACACAUCUCCAGAAGAAUGAGUGGUCUCCGCAGAGUUCUCAGAAGGCGACUACACCCCUUAAAACUGGUGAUAGUGGCCCUUAUUUUUGUCACAUUUCUCUUCCUAAUACAACGUGAGGUAGUAAGCCAAAGUCCCUCCCUAGAAGAGCCCUGGCUGAAGGAGAUGGCUGUCAAACGGGAUUCCGUGCUGGGCAUGGUGAUGGGGGCCGUCAAUAAUUUUAGGGACGCGAUGCCAAAGAUGCAGAUCAAAGCCCCAGUGCGUCAGCAGGACAAUGCAGGGAACUUCUCCUGUUUGCCAGGGACCUACACAGCUGCUGAGCUGAGGCCAGCCCUGGAGCGUCCACCUCAGGACCCCAACAGCCCCGGGGCCUCUGGGAAGCCCUUUCACACAGAUAAACUGAGCCCUGCUGAACAGAAGGAGAAGGACCGGGGAGAGGAGAAACACUGCUUUAACCUGUACGCCAGCGACCGCAUUUCUCUCAGCCGUGACCUGGGUCCUGACACCAGACCACCAGAAUGUAUCGAGCAAACGUUCAAACGCUGUCCCCCUUUGCUGACCACCAGCGUGAUCAUUGUGUUUCACAAUGAAGGCUGGACUACUCUGCUGAGGACAGUGUACAGCGUCCUCCACACCUCCCCUGCCAUCUUCCUCAAGGAGAUCAUCCUGGUGGACGAUGCCAGUGUGGACGACGCCUUGAAAGAGGAGUUGGAUGAAUAUUUGAAGCGGCUGCACAUCGUGCAUGUGGUGCGUCAGCGGGAGAGGAAGGGCCUGAUCACCGCUCGGCUACUGGGAGCCUCGGUGGCAACCGGAGACAUCCUCACCUUCCUCGACGCUCACUGUGAAUGCUUCAGUGGCUGGCUGGAGCCUCUACUGGCCAGGAUAGCAGAGAACUACACUGCAGUAGUGAGUCCUGACAUCACUACCAUUGACCUCAACACUUUUGAGUUUAUGAAGCCCUCGCCGUACGGGCAGAACCACAACCGUGGUAACUUCGACUGGGGCCUGUCCUUCGGCUGGGAGAGUCUACCGGACCACGAGAAACAACGGCGGAAGGAUGAGACCUAUCCUAUCAAGACACCAACGUUUGCUGGGGGCCUCUUCUCUAUCUCCAAGGACUACUUCUAUCUCAUCGGAAGCUAUGAUGAACAAAUGGAAAUCUGGGGCGGCGAGAAUAUUGAAAUGUCUUUCAGAGUGUGGCAGUGUGGGGGUCAGCUAGAAAUCAUCCCUUGCUCCAUCGUGGGUCACGUGUUCCGCACCAAGAGCCCCCACACCUUCCCCAAGGGCACCCAGGUGAUAGCACGCAACCAAGUGCGGCUGGCCGAGGUCUGGAUGGACGACUACAAGGAAAUCUUCUACCGACGCAACCAGCAAGCCGCCCAGCUGGCCAAAGACAGGGCCUUUGGAGACGUCGGGCGUCGCAUGGACCUCCGGGAGCGGCUGCAGUGCAAGAGCUUCUCCUGGUAUUUGAAAAAUGUGUAUCCAGAGGUCUUCAUGCCCGAUCUCAACCCACUCCACUUUGGCUCGGUGAAAAAUGUAGGUAAAGACUCAUGUCUGGAUGCAGGGGAGAACAACGAGGGAGGGAAACCGCUGAUCUUGUAUCCAUGCCACGGCCUCGGAGGAAACCAGUAUUUUGAGUACUCGACCCAUCAUGAGAUCCGGCACAACAUUCAGAAGGAGCUGUGUUUGCACGGGACGGAUGGAGCCGUGAAGCUGGAAGACUGCCAGUAUAAAGGCCGCAACACGUUUGUAGGAGCAGAACAGAAGUGGGAGUUAAGGGAGAACCAGUUAUUCUACAUCCCAGGAUGGAACCUGUGUCUGAGUGCUCGUCAUGAGCACCCCUCCCUGGUGGCCUGCAACCCCUCAGACAGAUACCAGCUGUGGUUCUACGUCUGACUACAGGACAGACAUGGUCCUCGGCACUAGUGGACGAUGUGUGCCUUGGUAUCCUAGGACCAUUAGAACAAGUAGCAAUUGGCGUACAUUUUUUACGUUUUAUUAUCGAAGUUGAAUUUUAAUUUAUUUUUAUACAUAUAAGAACUGCUGCUGGAAAGUUUGCGAUUUUUGAGAACGUGACCUCAGGAAGGAAGCGUUCAAACUGAUACUGAAGACUUGUUUGUUUUACUCCUUCCUUUUUUUUUUUAUCAUGAUUUGGGUAAAGGAAUUGUUUUUCUUGUCAUACACGCCAACCGCUCUCUGUAGACUGACGGAGGUAGCUGGGACUGUGGAAAGACUUUGGAUGGAUACUGAAUGAAGAGAGAUUUCUUUGAAGAAUACAACUUGUGUUUUUCUUUUUUGUGUACUUCGGAGGGAAAUCAACAUUACAUUUUAUUUAAUUACCAAGGUUUGUUCUUUAUUGCCCACACUGAAUAAUUUAUUAAUAUAAAUGUGAAAACCAACAACAAAAUGGACUGUCAAAUAAUGCAAUAGUGCACUUGCCUCUUGCACAAACUGAAUAACUUCGAUGUUGUACACCAAAGACUAAUCAAGGUUUUUUUUCUUUUCUAUUAAAGACAUGCUCCAGAACUUUGGCAACUAGUUAGUCUUUUUUUUAAACCUUCCGCCAUGGGCUGGAUGCAUAAUCUGAGGCGAAUUACUGUCUUACCUCAAUUAGCCACGAAAAUCCAUUUACUGGAAGCGGUGCAGUGCCAGUUUCCUUAAAUUUUCCCCCACGUGGGCCAGCCCCCUAGCAAUUCGAGUUCCAGCCAAUGAGGUUCAGCCCCUCAGAGAGAAAUUACGUGGUGCACAUAUGUGACGUAUGCAAUUUUUCGGGGAUACUUUUUGGCUCGUAAGCUCUACUUUUAGAACUACUGGAUAAGAAGUAUACUGGGAAAGUCUAUUUUAAAAUGUUUAUUAUAGGUUAUUCAAGAUCUACCACUACUGCCUAUUUUUUUUUAUUAUGCGAACUAGUCUAUCAGAUGUGACAGGAAAGCACUAGACAUGCAUCCUCCAUUACCAUUGCUAGAGGGUCUGGUUCCCCUCUCAUCCAGCUGGUUUUCCUCACAAGCAGGAGGAUAAAAUGAGGUCUCCAAAGUGGCAUUUUAAUCAAGGGCUUGAGUCGUGUGGUACUGUUUAAUUGGGUACCUCUAAUUCAUAAUCAUCUGGAACUUGCCAGAUAAAUUAUAUUUUCUUUUGCUUUUCCGUAUUGCUUGGCUGGGGGCGUUCAAAGGUGUUUUAAUCAUGUAUACAGUUAACCUUUUUUUUCUGAGACUUUAUCAACAUAGCAUUUUGAAACACAAUUCCAGUCACUGCUGUGGUAUUUGAAAUGACCUGUUGUGUACAAUCUGGUUCAUUUCAAGUUUGACUGCAAUGAAAUAUUGUAAUUUUUUCUUUCUUUGAAAUCUCUCUUUACAGGAACAGCUGGAUUGAUUGGGCCCUGCCAAUUUUUAUCAAAAAUCUAAUAAAGUAAACUAAUACUUUAGAUGUCAGGGUUUUAGGGAAUAAUUUAAGGUUGACAUAUCUUAACAUGCAUAGAUCGUUGGAAUGUAUUUUUCUAUAUUUGACAACACAUUUUGUAAAAUAAUUUUCUUGAGAAUUAAAUGAAUGUACAUGGUUUUUCUAUCAUGUUCAUGGGGAUUGGAAAAUGUAUAUGUGGGCUUAAAUGGGAGAAAAUGUUAACUUGGUUUACAACAUGGAAUGUAUGAUUGUAGUUUUUGAUUCAAGUCUCAGAGCUCCCAGUAUCACACAAACGUCAGUGUUUCGAUGCAAGGGUGUGGGCUAGUUUAUACGAAUCUAUGGGAGAAUGCUGACUGACAAUGGAAUGUUAGAAUUUUGUUGAAUAUGGCUGGGACUUAGAAACAGAUGGGUCUACAGCAGUCUGUCAACAAAUUAGAACCGUGUGCCUUUUUAUGUUUGGAUCCUUGAGGUUUACCAUUUUCAUAAAAGGAACUCUGUACAAUGACUGAAUAUGGCAGGGGUGUUGAACUUGUUCCAUGGAGGGCCUAGUGUCUGUUUCUCUUCAAUUAAGCCCUAGAUAACCAGGUGAGAUCAUUAGUAAUUAGUGACCUUCAUUCAUCAAUCAAGUACAAGGGUGUGAAACCCGUAGACACCAGGCCCUUCGUAGAAUGAGUUUCACACCUAUGCUGUAUGGCAUGAGUACCAUUCUUCACCAUUUCUUAUGUUCAACGGAAGAGGGUGCUGUGCACAAAGGAAUUCAUCCUUGACCCAUCCUUACUGGGCUGUUACUGUACCCUUUUUUUCUAAAUAAAAGUUGUUCAAGCUAAACGCAUUAAACGGAUAAAGGAAAAA